GAUAAACUUGCUCUUUCUUCAGCUCAGCGCGAAACGUAUCUCUCAGGCCUUUCCAUUUUGCCUUUAGAACAGGUUCUGAAAAUUAAAGGCAAAAUGAACACUACAAUAACUUACCCCCCAAUUGUAUGAAUGAAAGAAAAGUGUUGUCGAGCAAAAGACGAUAAGUUAUCAAGAGGACUUUUCAAUUUCAAGGAAUCGUUGAAAAAACUGACGACCGAAUGUAGUCAUACAGAACGUACAAAGACUUUCACAGUAUUCCGAAAUUUACUGACAGUACUGUAAAAGUAAUUACAUCUCUCUUAGAUGCGUGUGGAUAAAUGAGGACACAGCGUUGGUUACAGUACUGGCAGUACAUUUCGGAACACACCCUUUAUAUCCGAGCCAUACAACGUGCAUACAUAUAUCUAUCAAGAACAGCAUCACUAUUUGAUAAGUCUUAAAGCGUUCGAGAUGUUUCCGUUCUCAUAGAUUCUUUCGCUUAACACCAACACACUUAAGCACGUAUGCAUCCAUGUGAAUGUAUCUGCGCAUGUGUGUACAUACGGCUGUCGCAUUCCUUUCUUAAAGUCAGCAUAUUCUGUCGCUUCAGUAUCUAUAUGUAUAUCGGCAUCGUAUAUACCCUACAAUUGCCUAUGUAUAUAAAAAAAAGAAUAAGAAUGUAUUUCAAAUUUAGUAUCAUUUCGUAAAACAGAAGAGGGCGCCACAGGAGGUCAUGGUUAUCAAGCAUCGUAUCGACGCUAUUAAAACACAUGUUUUUUGCUGGAAAAAUCGUUAAACUUAACUUGAAAAUUGAAAAAGAUCAGUGACACGCCAACACCGUUCGCCGAAACUAUCAUUUAAGUACGAUAAUGGCCAUUUGCGAGGGAAAAUAAGAUCAGGUAAAUGGUGGUAUGUUGAGUGAAUCUCUCGAAUGCGAACAUCUGAAACAAAUAAAUCACAUCCUACUGGUAAAAGAAAGCCAACAAAGAUGCACGGGUUUGAACUGCUCGCGCAAGGAGCCGAGGCUCGUCUCUACAGAGGAACGUAUCUAGGAAGAUCGACUCUGGUAAAGGAGAGAUUCCUUAAGAAAUAUAGACAUCCUCAUUUAGAUGUGCAGCUAACCAAGGAUCGAAUAAAGAACGAAGCGCGUGCCAUCGUACGCGCCAAAGCUGCAGGAGUACCCACACCCACACUAUAUCUCAUUGAUUUUGACCGUCGCUGCAUCUUCAUGGAAUAUAUAAAAAAUUCAACGAGUCUCAAAGCGUUCAUAGACGAAAAUAUUUCUGAGAAGCAGAACAUCGGCCAUUUGGUGAAUCUCGUGGGUGAAGCUGUUGGCUUGUUGGUAGCGAAAUUGCAUUCCAAAAAUAUUAUUCACGGUGACUUAACCACGUCGAAUAUUCUUACGAAAAAUGCAUCUACAAAUGUAAACGUUGUUGAUCUUCUGCUGAUAGACUUUGGCUUGGCACGAACAGAAUCUACUGUCGAAGAUAAAGCUGUCGAUCUGUAUGUGUUGGAGCGGUCUUUGUUGAGUGCACACUCCGAAGUUUCAGGAUUGUUUUCAGUGAUUUUAUCGACGUAUCGAAAAUAUUGCAAGCAGAAGGACAAGCAAGAAGUUAUUAACAAGUAUAAGGAAGUGCAAGCGCGUGGACGGAAGCGCCUCAUGAUCGGAUGAAUGGUCUUAAAAUAUGUUCUGUAAGAAAUUCGAAAGAUCGUGUAUUCCGCACUCGAAAAUUUUACAUUCGAUAGCAAUUGUUACCUUAUAUGUUCAAUGGUCACAUUUCGAAUAAAUUCUUUAAAACAUUGAA